AUGUCCGACAUCCCACUUCAAUCCACCCGUCGGCCCACGGCUCGAUUCGCUCGCCGGUAUGGCUCGACUUUCAGCUCCUUCGACCAUCUGGCCAAUGUGAGUUUAUGCUCACAGAAACUGCGCCGGGUCGAAAUUGACUGUCGAUUUCGGCUUUCGAAAACGAAGUGGGGCGUGUUGGGCCCUGCUGAGAACCAGGCCGGCAUUUUAUACAUGGAUUUCAGUUUCUCACAAUCAAAGCACUGCCGGUUAUCCAGUGCAUCUGUGUGGGUGAGCCUUGAAGAUCCUGCUGGUGUCAAAGAUACAAUUAAAUCCGACGCAAUGCCUACACUGCUCGUAUCAACAGUCGAGAUUCCGGCCUACAAAGGCAGAUCGAGAUCCGGAUUGGCACCGAAAUCUCAUGAAACAGAACGGUCAAUGACCAUGCGCCAUGAGAAUGAAGAAUACCAGGCCUUGCGCUCCAUGUGCCUUCCCCGAUUGACCCACGACUUUGGCCCCCGGCAGCUAACAGGAGAGCCUACCAAAGUGACAACUAAAAGGACCAGGCAUCUAACCCCCGAGGUCAAGGUGCUUGGGAACGGGGGCGGAGGUUUAGGUUGGGACGACGAACAAAGCAUUGAGCAAAAUAGUCGAUGGACUUUUACUGGAAGCAUUCUUCAAGGCUCAAAGCUUAGAAAGAAUCCCGCAGAUAUUGUGUAUCGCACGCUCAAAUGGGAGCUCUCCGAGGAUGAAUUCCAACCCCAGACUACCCACUGCAACACCAUCCAGACAGCCUUCACACUUGAACAUAACGAGAAACCAUUCAUCAUUCGAAUUGAAAUCCAGGGGAAGCUUGAAAGCAAGCAUGACCGCAUGAAAGACCAUGUGAAGCGACUAUUGAAAUUUCCAAGUGAUCUCAGCAAGGGCCAAGGAGUCUCGCUGACGAUGGUCAAUCCACGACGGGAGAAAGCCACAAGAAGACUGGAUGCUAUUGUACAAGGCAUACCCUUUGACAUGGAACGUCUCAAUUUGGAAGCUGUUCCGCCACAACUACCUACAAUGCUCCCAAUAUCUUUCCAGGACACGACUCCCUUUUCGCGAGACGACAGUGCGACCACGUCCACGGCUGUGGAAGAGAACAAUACUGGCCUCUCUGCAACCGACCAUAUGGCGAACGCGAGAUUUCCCAACACCCGAGUAUCGGAGCGGAUCUCAUCCUUCCCCCAAGCAGAAGAAACUACAGCAGGGGAGGCUACAAUAAAUGAAAAACCGCUGAAGACUGGAAACUGCGUUACGUCAUAUUCAGCGCGGAACAGGUCUGAUCAUUCAUCCUUUCGAAAUCCAUCUGAACAAAGGCAUACAAGAUACAAGGAAACUACAUUCAAAUUGCAGAACGAGAAUCACAAAAAUAUGGCAGAGAGAUCCCAAGUCGAAGAGAUGCCCGCGUCAGAGACAAUAUUAGAGCCGGUUGAAGAUAAGCUUUCACGUGAGGACUUGAACGACCUUGUAUCACAGCUGGCCCAAUUUCCUUUUCUGCUCCGGAUUUUUUUGUGGGUUAUCUCUAUGAUGAGUUACACCCAAAAUAAGACGCCGAGAAAGAUCCUUAGAAAUGAAUGA